CUCAGAGUCCCCACCUGUGUCUCGCAGUCCUGUCACGAAUCCCGGUCGGGUUUCUGGGAGGGACUGCCCCGGCGUGGCGGGCCGGGGGCAGCUCCGCGGUGGAGGACUCUCUCUUCUGCUCCAUCCCCGGCUGCGCCCUGGGCGGAUCUGAUGACCCCCAAUGAUGUGGCUGGGGACUUCAGGGAAGAGUGGGCUACCUGGACACUGCUUAAAGAAUCCUCUCCAGGGAUACCACCCAGCACCGUUAGAAGAAUGGGCUCUCAAAGGGAUUACUAAACCAAAGGUACUCUCCCAGCUGGAGCAGAAAGAAGAGCCAUGGAUCCUACCACUCCAAAAUUUUGAGGCGAGGAAGAUCCUAAGGGAAAGUCACACAGACUUUGAAAAUCAAGUGGAAAAACCCAAGCCAGACAUUUCUGAAACAGCAGAGCAAUGUGGAAUGUCCUUAGAAAGGGCCGGUAAUGAUAUUUCUCAUACUCCUAGUUGGGGAGGAAGCUGGGAGAGGGGCCUUGAAUUAGAAGGAGAACAUGGAACCCUUCCAGCAGAGGGCAGUCAGGAGCCUUUUUCACAGGACAAGGAUUUAAGCGAGCUCCUGAAUGGUUAUGUAGGAAAGAAACCUGUGUGUGCAGAAUGUGGAAAAAGCUUUAACCAGAGUUCCUAUCUCAUGAGACACCUAAGAACCCAUACUGGUGAGCGGCCUUAUAAAUGCAUUGAGUGUGGGAAAAGCUUCAAACAGAGUUCAGACCUUGUCACCCAUCGCAGAACACACACGGGAGAGAAGCCCUACCAAUGCAGUGGAUGUGAGAAAAAAUUCAGCGACAGCUCAACGCUCAUCAAACACCAGAGGACUCACACGGGCGAGAGACCUUACGAGUGCCCAGAGUGUGGGAAGACUUUUGGGCGGAAGCCACACCUCAUAAUGCACCAAAGAACCCACACAGGAGAGAAGCCGUACACGUGCCUCGAGUGUCAUAAAAGCUUUAGUCGAAGCUCAAAUUUCAUCACUCACCAGAGGACCCACACAGGAGUGAAGCCUUACAGGUGUAAUGACUGUGGGGACAGCUUUAGCCAGAGCUCAGAUUUGAUUAAGCACCAACGAACCCACACAGGAGAACGGCCCUUUAAAUGCCCAGAGUGUGGGAAGGGCUUUAGAGACAGUUCUCAUUUUGUAGCUCAUAUGAGUACUCACUCAGGAGAAAGGCCUUUCAGUUGUCCUUAUUGCCACAAAACUUUCAGUCAGAGCUCCCAUCUGGUCACGCACCAGAGAACACACACAGGCGAGAGGCCUUUUAAGUGCGAUACCUGUGGGAAGGGCUUCGCCGACAGCUCUGCCCUCAUUAAGCACCAACGGAUCCACACGGGAGAAAGACCCUAUAAAUGUGGCGAGUGUGGGAAGAGCUUCAAUCAGAGCUCGCACUUCAUGACCCAUCAACGAAUCCACUUAGGAGACAGACCCUACCGAUGUCCUGAAUGUGGCAAAACCUUUAAUCAGCGCUCCCAUUUCCUGACACACCAGAGAACACACACAGGAGAAAAACCUUUUCAUUGUAGUAAAUGUGACAAGAGCUUCCGUCAGAAAGCACAUCUUCUAUGCCAUCAAAACACUCAUUUGGUUUAGGAAAUAAUUGUUAGUGGUUCUGCUGCUGCUCCCUUCCAAAUUUCCAUUGCUACUGUGUUUAAAAUGUCCUAAACAGGGAAAACCUGAACUUAGGCGUCAGUGGAUCAGGUUGGGCCCUAAUCUGUUCUCUUUCUUUCUUUUUUUUUUCCCCGUAUUUUAUUUUUAUUUUUUUAACACCUAUAGCACUUGGUCUUCCUAGGUGGUCUCCCAUCCAAAUACUAACCAGGUCCAACCCUGCUUAGCUUCCGAGAUCAGACGAGAUCAGGCACGUUCAGGGUGGCAUGGCUGUCGAUGAUAGUGAAGAUAAACCUAUAGGAUCCAAAUAAUGUUCUGAACACAAAAGGCAUUCUUUUGGUGUUUUUGACUGACUCUUAGACAGGGAAAUAUGAGUUAAUGCCUGGUUAUUAAAAAAGAAGUGAGAUAAAUGUGACCUAGAGAUCUCAUCUAAGCCAAUUAGUACAGUGCCUGGCACAAAGUAGGUGCUCAGUAACUAAAUGAUCACAUUAUCGCUAUAAUGAUUAAUAUUUGACAUCUUAUAUACAGCCCUCAAUAUAGUGCCUAGCCCUUAAAAGACAAUACCAGGUUGGCUGUUUAUAUCGACUUAUUACUCAGUAAGGAAUUUAUUAGUGCAGACCUGCAAGCCCAGGAUUUGCAAGAAAUUAGGUUGGCAAUAGAAGAUUUGGGUGUAAAUACACAGAUUUAAUAAACAGAAAAUAGUCUCCCAAACCAGUGCUAUGCAGGCAUUAGUCACCAGAUGUCUCAUUGCCAUGACAAGGCAGAAUUACCGUAGAGGAUGUUUGCGGUCUUGUGACUUAGAGGCUGAAAGAAUUUCAGAAGCCUUUUGUACAGCAGUGUCUGAGGUAUUCCCGUUGGAAGUUGUUGCCAUCUGAGGCAUAAGAAAUAUCCGGUGACAAACAAGCCAGAGGGACCUGGAAGAGGACUGUAACAUUGUGGAAUCAAAAUUCCUGAGAAGGUUAAGUGAUAUUACAGGGAUCCUUCCUGGCAUUCGGCUAAAGGAAACGACUCUUGUUUUUUAAUUGCUGGGCCAUUGGCUCUUUAGUUUUAAGUAAUGCAACCCUCUGAUCCUUUUAGGGUCAUUCAGUCUAUGCACUAGUACAUUCCUAUGUUUAAUUGAAACACACUGAAGGAGGUCGUUUAGAAAGAACACUUCCCCACACUGGGAAGAUGAGGUGUUAGAGUACUGGUCCUGAUGCUUACUUUGGCCAGACUUCCACCUUCUUUCAGGCCCUACCCCACCUACCAGACAAGGUUGUGAGGAUCUAACACACACACACACACACGCGCGCACGCACACGUGCGCACACACGGGCACACACGGACAUAAGCACUUUGUUGUUAAACUAUGAAGUGUAAUAUCUCUAAAGUUUAAAGUUAUAUAGUAUUGUUGCUAAUAUCUUUUUUCCAAGGAACUCUGGUUAAUAUUUCUUCAGACGGCCCAUUUUCUCUCAUAAUGAGGGACUUCUUUUUUUACCUGUUGAAGACCUAAGGCCUGAAAAUGCCAAACGAUUCAUAUAGGUCACAUAGUUCACAGAAGAGCCAGAAUUUGGCCACAGGUCUUCUCUUCAGCAACAUGGAACAGACCAACUCUGGGAUUUGUUAGCGUCUCUGAGACACUAUACGACUGGAGAACCCAUCUUAUACCCAUCAAACCACUCUGAAUAUGGACAUGAUGGAGGGAUGUAGCCUAAGUUCCCGGGAGCUUUCCAGGAUCCUGGCCUGGGGGUCCUUGAUCCUCAAGGAAUAAGAGUGGACAGGUAAGGGCAGACUCAAGGGGUUAAGGAGGGCGUUGGGUGUUUAAUACUCUAGGGAGAAAAGUGCUUGCCUGAAAGUUUUUUCUUUCAAGCCUUCCUGUGUUAAUACAGACUAAAUUAUUACAUCAGCCUUGGAACACUGGUGCAUUCUUUUCCAUUAUAUGGAAUACCGCUGAGUGCUUUAACUCAUGAGGAACAUAACUCAGCUGAUAACCUGAGUUCUUUCUUAGGGUAAUUAGAUAACUGACCAGGAAAAAAAAAUCUGGUUAAUCCAGUGCAGUGGUUCUCAGAAUGUGAGCCCAGACGAGUAGCAUUAGAAUCUGGAAGCUUUUUAGAAAUGCAAAUUAUGAGUCCCCACCCCAGAUUUACUGAAUCAGGAACUCUAGAGGUAAUAUAUGUGAGCUCCAGGAGUAACAGCUCUCCAGAGUGGAAGUGUUUUGGCCAAAGGUGGGAUAUGGAAUGAGACAGCAUGGGGUUGAGUAGGAUAUUUCUCAGAAGAGACAUUCUGAGAAUUUUGCACUGGAUUAAUGUAAAAUGUCCGGAAAGCAUGUCCCACAAGAGGGAGGCAAUUAGAGGACAUAGAGGGACACAAAAGCCACAUUAUUAGCACAAGCAGGCAUAAUCAUAAACCCAGCUAGGAAUGUGAUGUGUGUUCCUUGUCUGUGAGUGACCCUAGAUUUAGGAGGCAGGAUGUGACAGCAGCACGGAACCGGAGGUUGGAAGACCCAGCUUCUAGUUUCGGUGUAGUUAUUCACUAGCCAGUUGAUCGCUCUAGGCAUUGGUCUAUCUGUUAAAUCAGAAAAGGAUUGUUCUAUUUCAAACACUUUGCAAAUUUAGGGCUCCCACAGACCCCAGAACCGUCCUGUGAUGUUAGCAGACUCUUCCACAUGUGCACCUUCAUGCUCCAGGAGGAUAAAAUCAGGCAGUCUGCUCUCUCCAUCUGGCUCUCUGUCUCCCACUCCUCAGCCCUGCCCCAGGUUCUUGGAGGAGAGGUGAAACCUCAUAGCUUUUGGCAGAGUCAGCACAGUUACCUCCAAAGUAAAGACUUCCCCCCACCGCCCAGCGCUCCCCAUCCCAACUUCCUGACAGUAUUUAACACACAGGUCACUGGCUUGUAACAUAAAGUGAGUUUUUUUCUAUUACCUUGAUUUUCAUGUUGCAUACCUACAGAUGUGUCUAUUCUGUAAGACGUGAGCUCUUCAGGGGCAAUGUGUGACUUGCUCUGUGGCUUUGCUACCUCCCUCCCACCCCCCAGCCAUGAGCUGGGAAUACUUAAAUGGUAUUGGUGAGAGUGGAAGUAACUGACACGCCAUAUUUUCUCUUCGUUUCUACCCUGUAACUGGGCCAUUGGCUUCUUGCACAUGCUCCGCACCUCCUCCUCACUUCCUCACUUCAAAAUUCACAUCAUCACCAAGCCCUGUCAAUUUUACCUCUCAGAUUCCUCUGAGACCUAUCAGUCUCUCCAUCUCACUGCCACUCCCUAGUUCCAAAUGACCACCAUCUCUUACAUGAAUUCCUGCAGUAACCUCCCAACUGAUAGCCCAGAUUUUAUUUUUGCUCUAUUUUCUUUUGACAGAAGCCAGAGUGAUCUUUAAAAAUCCUGAAUGUAAUCACAUCACCCAUGUGCUUAAACCCAGCAAGUCCCAUUGCUUUUAAGAUAAUGACCCAAAUCUUUUUAACCAGGCCUACAAGGCCCCCCUCAAUUUUGCCCACACAGCACUCUAGCCUCUGUUGAUAACGCCUUUUCUCUCACUCCCUGUGCUUUGACCCACUUGCGUUCCUUCUGUUCCUUGAUCACAUUGGGGCGUUGCACGCCUUAGAGCUAACUGUUCCCUCUGCCCAGAACGUUCCUCAUCCAGGCUGUUGCUGAGGCUUCUAUUUUUCAACCAGGUUUCAGCCUAAAACUCUCCUCUUUACAGAGACUUCCCCUGACUAUCCCAUCUCAGUCAGUCCUCCUCCCCCAACAGUCCUCCUCCCCCAACUGUCCCAUUAUCCUCUUUUAUUUUCAUCAAAGUCCUUAUACCGGUCUCAUAUUUUCUUGUUUACGUAUUGACUUUAGUAAAUUCUGUGAUUAGGAGGGAGCCAUUUCUCUUGUUUACCAUUCUUUCCCUGGCACCUAAAAUAGUGCCUGGCACUUAGCAGGUGCUCAGAAAAGUUCAUUGGAUGAAUUAAUGAGUGCAUGCUCACAGAGAAGAAACUCAUGCUGGAAAAGUAGCAGUGUGAAUGAAGCCAGACAGGUGAAUGAGGGUCAUGCCAAGAAGGCCCGUAGUUGCCAAACUGAGGAGUUUGGAUAUUAUUCUCUGGGGAAGUGGGUGUUGCUAAUGGUUUUCCAGUAGAGGAGAGGCGUGAUCAGCACUUGAAGAAGUUUGAUUUGGCAACAAGUUAUGCGUAAGUCAUAUUACAGAGAGAAAAACCAAAGGCAUUGGAACGAUCCAUAAUACAAAGUGCUUAGCACAAUAUCUGGCCCAUAGUCAGUCUCCAAUAAGUGAUCAUUAUCACCAAGUCCCAUGGCAGCACUAGGAGGUGCUAGAACAAUAAGGCAAGAUCAUUAAACUUUUCUAUCUCAAAAUAAUUCUUCCUAGAGCCUAUUGUCACAUUCCUUCCCUUCCUCUUUUUGUCAAACUUCCACCACUGUGUAGUUAUUCUCAGACUUCUCAUGUCUAGACCCUUGUAAUAACAAGAACUUCACUCACAAAAGUCUCUUCAUUUCCACAUCUGAGGGCCUCUUGUGAGUCUUCUUCCCAUUCGACAACCAUUUACUUUUUCGAUACCACUUACAAUGCUUCUUUUUGCAAUUCUCUUCUUUCUUAGUAAAUGUAAGAUGGUUCUGCUACAUUCCUGGCUACUCUUUGUAAAGGACCUUCUCUGGCCCCACCCCCAACAUUCUGACCCUUGACCCUUUUCCUUUCUUUUUUCUUUCCUGUUCUGCACACUCAUCUUGGGACUUCAAUCAUCAUCUCUUAGAACAUGGGUCUAGCUCAACCUCUCUCCUGGAUUUUAUACCUACAAGUCCAGCUGCAUUGCAGAACCCUCCCCAAGGAUGACUUGUUGCUUCCCAAGCCCAGAAUCUCCAAAUUAGAGUCAGCAUCUGCUCCCUAAAGCAUCCCUCCUGACGUCUCUCUUUCUGCAAAUGACUCCAGCAAUCUCUUACGUGCCCUUACCAGAAGUCUCCUGAGAGUUCUCUUUCUCCAUUGUUCCCUAUAUUCCCAGUCAUGUAGCCUCUGCCUCUGCACUCUCUCUCUCUUUUUAAGGUGUAAAAGCAACAUGUGCUUUCUGUUAAAAAAAAAAAAAAAUACAGAAGUGCCCAUAGUGAAAAAAUGGAAACGCCUAUCUCUUCCUCAUUCCCCAUUCCACUCUCACUCCCCAGAUCUAGCUCUGAAACCCCAUGGCUUGCCAAGUCUGGCUGAGCUCCUCUCUUUCAUCCCCUCCCCGGGCCCCGCCCCGCGCCCCCCCAGCGCCCACUGCCAUCCUCUGAACUGAAAGGAUAGUUUUCCAUCUGGUCUCCUUGACGUUUACUUUUCAUUCAACUCAGUGAACAUUUAUUGAGUGUCUCCUACACACCAAGUGUAGACCCUGGAGGUAGAAAGACACUAGACCCUGGAGGUAGAAAGACAAAUAAGACAGUGAAAGAUGUCCACAUUUAAGAGCUGUUGGGCUUUGGGCAAGUUACUUAACUCUCUCUGACUCUUAUUUCUUUAUCUAUAAAAUAAGAAUAAUCCCAGUACCUUCUUCAUGUGGUUGAGUGAGGAUUAAUGAGAUGAUGCAUAUCAAGCUUUGUACAGUACCUGAUAUGUUGUAUCUGCUCCAUAAAUGUCAAUGACAACAAUGAUAAUGAUAA